AUGGGCGUAUUAGAAAUAGACCAGCUCCUAAACACAGUUAUGGAGUCCACGCCCACGCCAACGAACUUAACAGUGAAAAAAGCCGUUGCCAGUGAUUUACAUAGGCGAUCGGAAAGUGUUGAAGAAAUGCAUGUAGAAUUUACAAAAUCUCUCGAAAUCGACAACAACAGUAAUGAAAAUAUCAAUGCGACGAAAUUGUCAGUGCCAGUUGGUGAAACGAAAAUUCAACUCAGUUUUAGUGUUGAUCGUUUACUAAAUAUCGAAGAAACGCGUUCAACCGAAAAAAAAUCACAUCAAGAGCUAAACGAAGCUUUUGAAAUAUUGAAAAAUUGCAAUAGCAGUGAAGUGAAGUGCUCAGAAAAUGCAAAUCUGAGUGUGUACGACACAUGCACACAUCCAAGUUGUUCGGGUCUGGUGGAGAGCACACAAAUGCGAAUUGAAAAUUAUACGUUAAACUUAAAGAAAUACUCGUCGAUCGGCAAUGCAAUGACGGGGAAAUUUUACCGUCAAAUGCCGUCAUUGGCGCCACCAUAUUUGGAUUUUAAAUCGAUCGUGCGACCGACGCCAAUAAGGGCAAUCGGUAAUGGGCGUGAAACAGUAACUCUCCACACACCAUAUUCCUCCACACUGGCCACCUCAACUCUCCUGCGUUUUCAACAACAAAAAUCGAGUGCAACACAUCCACAAAUGCUUGCCAUACCGCCGGUAUUACUACAGAAUUUAGGUGCUGGUGUUAGUGGCGACGUCAAUCUUGGUCUUAAAUCCUUCCACAACGCUUCGUUGAGUUCACAAAGCUUCGGACCAUCUACACUCGCAGCGCGAUUCACAGGCUUAAAAGCACCCCCACACCACCUAUUGGACAUUCCUAUGAGUACAGCAAGUCUAAUCAACCAUCAUCAGCAGCACCAUCCUCACCAUGUUGCGCCAAGUACAAGUCUAUCGUCAAAUCAUGCCACCGGCAGCAACACGCCCACGCAAUUGCAAAUAACGGCUUCCAGCGGUAGUAGCAUCAACAUGAAUAAUAUCAACAAUAACGCCACUAGCAGUAGCGGUGGUGGUGGUAAACGGAAACGCUCAUGGUCGCGUGCUGUGUUUAGUAAUUUGCAGCGCAAAGGUCUCGAAAUACAAUUCCAGCAACAGAAAUAUAUCACCAAGCCGGAUCGUCGUAAGUUAGCGGCUCGCCUCAAUCUUACAGAUGCACAGGUUAAAGUUUGGUUCCAGAAUCGUCGCAUGAAAUGGCGGCAUACGCGGGAGAAUCUUAAAAGUGGACAAGAGAAGCAAAUCGCUUCAGCAGCAAACAGUUGCGCAACAACAACUGCAUCGCCAAUUGGUAAACAGGAGAGCAAUUCGCAAUCAGCUAACGACGAAAAGCGUUUAUUGGAUGGCUAUUCCAGUGAUGAUUCGUCAAGUGGCGAAAUAAGCGAAAAUGACGACGAAAUCGAUGUGGUGCAGUGA